AGGGGGGCAGCCCGACCCGCCCAGCCGGGGAGCGGGGAUGGGCGCUUGAAAGGGGAAUCUGUGGCCGGCGGAGCGGGACAAGUGGCUGGGGCGAGCGUGCCCCGCUGGCGCAGGCUUCCCGGCAGGGACCUUUGUGGCGCGGCUCAGCCCGGCGGGAGAGCGCCCAGCAUGGAGCCCGUUACCAAGUGGAGCCCAAAGCAAGUCGUGGACUGGACCAAAGGCUUGGAUGAUUGCCUGCAGCAGUAUGUCCCCAAAUUUGAACGGGAGAAGAUAAAUGGUGAACAGCUGUUACAGAUUUCCAAUCAAGAUCUUGAAGAGUUGGGUAUCUCUCGAAUUGGACACCAGGAACUGGUUCUGGAGGCCGUGGAUCUUCUUUGUGCACUGAAUUAUGGCCUUGAAACAGACAAUAUGAAGAACUUGGUUCUCAAAUUGCGAGCUUCUUCCAACAACCUGCAGAAUUAUAUCAGCAGCCGGAGGAAAAAUUCAAAGUAUGAUGGAAAAACAUCACGCAAACCCCCCAAUGAAUUCCUCACUUCAGUGGUGGAGCUCAUUGGUGCUGCUAAGGCCUUGCUAGCAUGGUUGGACAGGGCCCCAUUUACAGGGAUUGCUGACUUCUCAGAGACAAAGAACAGAAUCAUUCAGCUCUGCUUGGAUCUCACCACCACAGUUCAGAAGGAUUGCACUGUGGCUGAAAUGGAAGAUAAAGUUCUACAUGUAUCCAAGAUUUUAAAUGGAAUUUGUGAUAAGAUGAUCAGAUCAACUACAGAUCCAUUGAUGAGCCAGAGUGCAUGUCUGGAGGAGGUUCAUUUAACCAACAUUAAACCUGGGGAAGGCCUGGGAAUGUAUAUCAAAUCAACUUACGAUGGAUUACAUGUAAUUACUGGAACUACAGAAAAUUCCCCUGCUGAUCGAUCUCAAAAGAUUCAUGCUGGUGAUGAGGUGAUCCAGGUUAAUCAUCAGACUGUAGUGGGAUGGCAACUAAAAAACCUGGUGGGAAAGUUGCGAGAGAAUCCUUCUGGAGUUAAAUUGCUACUUAAGAAACGUCCUACAGGCUCUUUUAAUUUUACUCCAGCCCCACUGAAGAACCUACGCUGGAAACCACCACUUGUACAGACCAGUCCUUCACCAACUACAACUCAGUCACCAGAAAGCACCAUGGAUACCUCAAUGAAAAAAGAGAAACCAGCCAUCCUGGACCUCUAUAUACCUCCACCACCAGCCUUUCCAUAUUCUCCUCGAGAUGAGAAGGAGAGCCUCGUUUAUGGAGGAGGUAAUAAACCUAAGCCGCCAUUACCUGGCUCCAAGGGUGCAGAGUCUCCUAAUUCUUUCCUCGAUCAGGAAAGCCGAAGGCGAAGGUUUACUAUUGCGGAUUCUGAUCAGUUGCCUGGGUAUUCCAUGGAAGCAAAUAUACUGCCAACAAAGAUGAGGGAAAAAACACCGUCUUAUGGAAAACCUCGCCCUCUGUCGAUGCCUGCAGAUGGGAGCUGGCUGGGAGCUGCAGAUCCUUUCUUGAGGCCCCGAGCACCAGGGAGAAAAGGUGAAGAUGUCCUCUGCAGGUACUUCAGUAAUGAGAGGAUACCCCCAAUCAUUGAAGAAAGUUCCUCCUCGCAGCAGCAUUUUUCAAGGCCAGUGGCUGACAGGCAAUUAGUGAGGGGCGCAGACUACAUCAGAGGCAGCAGGUGCUUUGUGAACACAGAUCUUCAUAACAGUGCGACUAUACCUUUCCAGGAGGAAGGCGCUAAAAAACUCUCUGUUACGUCACCCACAAAAUCUUCUUCCACAGAGCCCUCACUACUGGUCAGUUGGAUCACAAGACUUAAACUGUUGACUCACUGAUUGUUUGAUAGAAUGUUUUCUCAUCUUCUGUUACCAAGUGCCUUUGUUCCUCAGUCAGACUUCUUGCUUUUCAGCUACAGUAUUACAUAGUGACUGGUGUGUUGAUCUAUUCCUGGAGAGUUGUACACAUCUCCCCUUUUUUGGCUCUAAUAUAGUGGAAUGGAGAGGAUUGGAUAAUGUGAGAUGGAAGUGGGAUAAAGGUCUAGUUUGUUUUUCCUGCCCCAAAGUUGAGGGAACUCAUUCCUCUGGAAACAAGUAAGGCUCUAGUGAAUCAGAGGUCAUAUCUGGUCUGAAAUCUGUAUGAGCUGUGCAGAAGCAAUCGUUGCAUUAAAAUGAGGUCCAGUGGCACUUCAUUUGCUAAAAUGCGCUGAUGCUGCACGACCUACUGGCUUGCCGAAUAUGUAGGGCUAAGCAAAAAUCCAGAGCUGUUCUCCUGACCCGAAAGGCAAGAGGGUAAACAUCUAUUUUGUAUAAUAAUGUGGUGUUGUGGCAAGUACUGCUGCAGCUUUAACUUGUUAAGGAAUAAAGGUAGCUUCUUCUCUGUGAUAACUAGAGAACUGUGUUAGGAAUAUAUUAAACCUGGUUUAUAAUCCAGUUAUUGAGAUCUCCAUACAGGCAAACGAGUGUUCUCUGAUUUGCUGCAGUGCUCAUCCAUGAAGAUGUGGAUUGCUACAACAUGCCAAGAAAGAGCAUUUGUAGAGGUGGUAAAAGAAAUGUAUUUUUUCCUUCAUUGUUUAAUUUGCUGUUAACCAAAGUAUCCAUAUAAGAACAAACCCUGUUGGUUUUAUGGAACCUCUACGGUGGUUCAGUUUUUGAACUGACAGAUGUGUUUUCAGAAAGAAAAAUAUGCUGUGAUACGUUACAAUAGUAAGACACCUGGCUAUUUUUAAAUGUAGCUCCAGUUUUUCACCUUUAAAAGUCUCAAGUAGCAGCUGGUAUUUGGGAAGGGAGAAAAAGCUUGUAAAAUUAUGGUUAUUAAAGAAUCAUUGUUUAAAACUGAAUGUACAAGAGGUUGUUAGUAUGCAAAAAAAAGUGUUUAAUUUAAGUGUUAAAUAUAGCUGUAUAUUUUUUUUACUCUUAACCAUAUGUAGUUUGUAUAUUCCUAUCUACACCACUGUGCACUAAUUAACCAGUGCCAAAAAACAUACUGUUAUGUUCUCCAUUAAAUCAACUGCCAAAUGCUGCACUGGGUGAUCUUGCAGUAAUGACAGAGCCUCCUGUGUUCCAUCUACAUUAAAGAAAGGAAAAACAGUUUAACAGUUUUUAGUGUCUUGUCUGUUCUAUGGAUUUUAGCAUGUUGGGGUACUGCCCUGACUAUGUUAUGACAUAGCAUGGUUUUGCCUAUGUAAGUGUGACCAAGCUGAUGUUAUGAAACUCUGUUAUGGCCCUCUAGAGACCAGGUGGUUAAAUUCAGGUCUCUGGUAAGUUAGUGCAACUUUGACUUCAAUGGUGAUUUAUACUAGGUUGGAAUUUGUCCCUAGAGCUGUAACACCGUUCUGUAACACGGUUAUAACACAGUUUGGUCCGAUCUUCAUAGGCAUGACCAUACCAUGUUAUAAUGGAGAGCAGUGUAGUAGUAUCCUCACUUUCAACAUGACAGAACUGGUAGUGCAGGCAAGGCCAAACUCACUUGUAGUUCAGUCAAAUUCCACCUGUGUGGAUGGGGCAGAGCUGAGUGCAGAAACUGCUUUGGUAUAAACAGAUCUAGGCAACCAACUCUGUGUGUUAGACGCCACUUACAACGUAGUCCAGCCCUGUGCACAUAGGCUAGGCUGGCUGCUGUUGAACUAUGGUCCAAUUCAACAACUGCUAUUAAAUUCAGUGUAGUGCAUAGUACACAAGUUCUGCUUGCCUUUGAUAGCCUAUGUUUGAUAGGCUUAAAGGUCUCUGUAGAAGCACAUGUGUUUGAACAGACUCUACGUGUGUUCCGAUGGGUGGAAUCAGAGAUGUGUGCUGCUUUUUGUUGUUGCAGGAUUGCCUCCAGAGAACACUUUGCUCCUCCUGGGUCUGGUUAUGGUGGCUCAUCCAGUCUGACUCUCUGGAAGCCACACUCGGUCUAACAAGAAUAGUGAGAAAAGCUUGCUCUAAUUUAGCCAAACUGUAAAAACUUCGGUAGCCAUUACAGCUUAAUCUGCGCUGGCUUUUAAAUUGUGCUGAAAAUGGUUCUUAACCCUAGUUUGUAUCUUAGGUUUAGUUUACUCUGUUCCAGCGUUUGUACUGAUCUGAUUUGGCCAGUUAGCAUCCCUAUAUUUUGAACACUAUUAUAACAGUUUGGUCACUUCCACACCUGUCAGACAAACCAUAUUAGAAAUCUAAAAAUCUAUCUCCCAGCUAUUCCCUCUUCCUCCUCUCUGCCUUUUCUUUAAAGUUAGGCUGCAAAGCAAAACUAAACUUUCGAUUUUGCUCUUUACUGCAUAUAAAACAUAGCUUCAGACUUUUAAUAAAAACAAAUUAUAUUGCAAGUCUCAUACUUCUUUCUAUUUUUUGGAGCAACCCAAAAGUGAUGUCGCACACAGCUGUAGCAGCAUUGAUCAUUCCCCCAGUGAGAGGUGCUGUGACACUGAUUCUAGGGGACAGAUUUUUAAAGCUAUUCAGGUAUCUACAGAUGCAGCUAGGCACCUAAUAGAUUUUCGCAAAUGCCUAGGUACCUAAUUCCCAUUGAUUUCAAUUUUGACCUCCCUUUAAUUUCAAUGGGAAUUUAGUGCCUAGGCACUUCAGAAAAUCCCACUAGCCCCUAACUCCCUUAAAAUAUAGUUCUUGGCCUUAAUUUUUUUUCAUAAACAUCAUGAAAUGUAAGGCCUGAAGAUGCCAUUAGAUCAUCUAGUCUGACCUCCAUAUUAUCACAGGUGAUUGUGUGUAUGUCUGCACUACAAUUAAAAACCUGUGGCUAGCUUGUGCCAGCUGACUGAAGCUUAUGGGUCUCAGGCUCAGGGGCUGUUAAUUGCAGCAUAAACGUUGGGGCUUGGGCUGGAGCCCGGGCUCUAAGACCUUGCAAGGUGGGAGGGGCCCAGAGCUUGGGCUGCAGUGUGAGGCCACUGCAAUUAAACAGCCCCUUAGCCCGAGUCCUGCUGAGCUGUGGCAGAGACUGACACUUUUAAUAGCUAAAAUCAUGGUCCUACUAAAGACACUGAAUUUAUGGCAUAUUACAACAAUCUGUAACCCACUCACCCCCCUUUUUCUGUCCUAUGACCACAGGGGUGUUAAUGGGACACUUCACCUUGAAGGGUUCCUUUAAAACGUGCUAACUACUUAUGCUGAACUAUUCGUUCAACCUUGUAUUUAGCUGUGACACUUUUGGUAUGGUGUACACCAGACUUAUAUCACUAUAACAACAUCCCUUAGGCGUGUGAAAAAUCCACAUCCCUGAGCAACAUAGUUAUACCUACCUAACCCCUUUUAUAGACAGUGUUGUGUCAAAGGGAGGGCUUUUCUUGUUGACAUAGCUACUCCCUCUCUGGGAGGUGGAUUAACCAGGCUGACAUAAGAGUUCUCUCCUGUUGGCAUAGGAGCAUCUUCAUUAAAGCACUACAAUGGUGCAGCAGCGCCAAUGCAGGGUUUUAAGUGUAGACCUGUCCCUAAUACCUUUCGCAGACCUGAGGAUGAGCUCUGUGUAGCUUGAAAGCUUCUUUCUCCAACAGAAGUGGUCCAGUAAAAGAUAUUUCCUCACCUACCUUGUAAUAGCACUCAAGCUGCACAAGGGGGGAAAGAAUGAAUGCAAUAAAAAAAAACCCAGUUCUGCAAGAAACUGAGUUGGAGGAAGCUGCCUCUGCCAAUUCCAGCACAAAGAAAACUGCUUUUCGGAGAGCAAGUCUGCAACACCUUCUUCCUAAACAUAACUGCUGUGAAAUAAUAGAUCACCCCAUAUCAGGUCCACCAAGGUUAACAAGCACCAACAGGCAUACACUGGUAGCAGAGCACAAUGGACUGGCUCCAGAUGCUGGAAAAGGCACAUGCUUAUCAACCAUGCUUUAAUGUGUGUUUGAGCAAGCUGCCUGAGCUUGCCCCUCUCUUGGGGAAUAAGUCUCUUAGCCCCAGGCUUUGCUUACCUUGUUUCAGUGCAGAUUGCAAGCUCUUUUUGUACUAUUGCUUUCUUUGUGAAGCUGGCAUUUUGCAGGCUUGCUAGGAGGUGACUUUAUUUAAAAAAAAAAAAAA